AUGGAGGAGAGACCAAUGGCCUCUUCCACUUCCUGCGAAGGCUCUGACCACGACGACAAGAACAAGAAGCACCACUGCGAGCUGAUCGGCUACGAGGCGCUGCCGGAGUGGCUCAAGGACAACGAGUACAUCCACGGCUACUACCGGUGCGAGUGGCCGAUGAAGGAGACCAUCCUCAGCAUCUUCUCCAUCCACAACGAGACCCUCAACGUCUGGUCGCAUUUGGUAGGAUUCCUGCUGUUCCUGUGCUUGACGAUCCUCACGGCAAUGGUGAUCCCACGGGACGGCUGCAGCGGCGACGGGAACACAUUUGACGACGCGCCAUCGACGAGGAGCUACUGGGGAGAUCUGAUGGCGAUGGCCAACAUGACAGGGGCGCUGAAGCACGAGGCAGCCGCCUGCCUCCUGCUGCCUCCAGCUGCCGCAGAUUUGCCUGGAAAUGAGGAGGAGAUCCCGAACAGCUGUCCACCCAACACAUCCUCCUCGCUCUCUCACCACCAUGUUGCCUUGAUCCAGUAUGAACCGCAGGACGCCAGCGCGGCGCCACGGGCCGCGGACGACGCUGCCUCCGCCGAUCCGAUCACGCGGUGGCCGAUGUUCGCGUACCUGUGCGGAGCCAUGGUGUGCCUACUUACGAGCAGCGCUUGCCACCUGGUGCUGUGCCACUCGGAGAGAAUGGCGUACGUGACGCUCCGGCUGGACUAUGCCGGCAUCGCCGCCCUGAUCGUCACCUCCUUCUACCCGGUCGUCUACUACUCCUUCCUCUGCCAUCCGGGGCUGCAGCGGCUCUACAUGGGCUUCAUCACCGCCUUCGGCGCCGCGGCGGUCACGGCGUCGCUGGUGCCGGUGUUCCAGGCGCCCGAGUUCCGCCUGCUCCGCGCCGGGCUCUUCUCAUGCAUGGGCGUGUCGGGGCUCAUCCCCGUCGCGCACAAGCUCGUGCUGUACGGCGGCCGGCGGGAGGCCGCCGUGACGGCGUGCUACGAGGCGCUCAUGGGCGCGCUCUACGGGCUCGGCGCCGCCGUCUACGCGGCGCGCAUGCCGGAGCGGUGGUUCCCCGGGCGGUUCGACCUCGUCGGGCACAGCCACCAGCUGUUCCAUCUAUUCGUCAUCGCCGGCGCGUACGCGCACUACCUCGGUGGCGUCGAGUACCUCAAGUGGAGGGACGCCGACAGGUGCUGGUGA